CUAAUGUGCCAAAGAAAACAUGGAUACAGGUCACUCUAUCGUCCACCUAUCUAUGAAAUAAGAAGCAAAGUUCCAUAAGGUUUUCCGGGUGACACAAUGGGAACCAAGCCAGCAGGAAGGCCUCAUGCUGUUGUCAUUCCAUGUCCAUUUCAAAGCCAUAUCAAAGCAAAUCUUAAAUUGGCAAAACUUCUGCAUCAUAGAGGUAUUUUCAUAACCUUUGUCAACACAGAAUUCAAUCAUAAACGUUUCUUGAAAUCAAGAGGUUCCGAUGCCUUUGAUGCUUCGUCUGACUUCUGUUUUGAAACCAUUCCUGAUGGUCUCCCUCCUUCAGAAACUGAUGCCAGCCAAGACAGGAUUUCUCUUGGAAAGGCUGUUCUAACAAAUUUCUUGACUCCUUUUCUAGACCUCAUUGCCAAACUUAACAGUAACUUGUCCUCGAGAACUCCUCCGGUGACUUGUAUUGUUUCUGAUGGUUUCAUGCCAUUCGCCAUCAAAGCUGCUGAAGAACUUGGAGUCCCUGUGGUGGUUUCUUUUACCCUGUCCGCAUGUGGCGUAAUGGCAUGUAAACAAGUCCGAGCGCUCAUGGAGAAAGGCCUCAUACCACUCAAAGAUGAGAGCUAUCUUGAUACAACUAUAGACUGGAUUCCAGGUAUGAAAGAUAUCCGUCUCAAGGAUUUUCCAUCAGCUCAAAGAAUAGAUCAAGAUGAAUUUGAAGUUAACUUCACAAUAGAAUGUCUUGAAAGUACUGUUAAAGCUCCUGCGAUUGUUGUUCAUACUUUCGAUGCAUUAGAGCCAGAUGUUUUGGAUGGCCUCUCUUCCAUAUUUCAUCGUGUUUACGCAAUUGGCCCUUACCAGUUACUUCUCAAUCAAAUUCAAGAAGACAGUUCGGAAUCUGUCGGUUAUAAUCUAUGGAAAGAAGAAAGUGAGUGUCUCCAAUGGCUAGAUACUAAGGAACCCAACUCAGUGGUCUACGUGAAUUUUGGCAGUUUAAUUGUCAUAACAGCAGAACAGUUAGUUGAGUUUGCAAUGGGAUUAGCUGAUAGCAAGCACCCAUUCUUGUGGAUCAUAAGGCCAGACUUGGUUGUUGGUGAUGCUGCAACCUUGCCAGCUGAGUUCGCAGCAGAAACUCAAAAUCGUAGUUUCAUUGCUAGUUGGUGUCCACAAGAGGAAGUGCUCAACCAUCCAUCAGUUGGAGGGUUUCUAACUCAUAGUGGUUGGAAUUCGACUACGGAGAGUUUGUCUGCGGGAGUUCCCAUGAUUUGCUGGCCCUUCUUUGGAGAUCAACAAAUGAACUGUAGAUAUAGUUGCAAUGAAUGGGGGGUUGGCAUGGAGAUAGAUAAUAAUGUGAGGAGGGAAGAAGUGGAGAAGCUUGUCAGAGAACUAAUGGAAGGAGAGAAGGGUAAGAAAAUGAGGGAGAAGGCCAUGGACUGGAAAAGGCUGGCUGAAGAGGCCACUGAACCAACUGGUUCAUCAUCCAUUAACUUGGAGAAGCUGGUCAGUGAAUUGCUUUUGUCAAACUAAUCGUUUCCGGCGUCAGACAACACUGGUGAAAUGGGGAAAAAGAGUAAUUUAACUUGCUAGAUUUUUAUUUUUAUUUUGUCAUAAAGAUGAACAAAAACACUAUUGGAUAGUCCUUUACCACAUGACUACCGAAUGAAAGCAUGUUCAUAUCAAUGUGAUGGCUGGUAUAAAAUAAUCAAAGUGAAAUUUUAUGUA